GGCCCCUCCCUUUUUUGGUUUGCUUAUAAAAACCAGCAAUCACAUCUCUUCCAGUUUUGUUCCGAGUCAGGUGGACUGUCCAACUCAGGGAGAGAAAGUCUCCAGGUUCCAGACCCUGCCUCCACUUCUGAAAGGUUUUGGAAAUCCCUUGUCUCCAGGUUGCUGGAAUUGACUUCUUGCUCAACUGAAUCACUCACUUGAUGAAGACAAAGAGAACUAAUGCUUUGUGCUGACUCAUAUUUGAAUCAAAGCACCGGGGAGUCUGUCUGCCUUGUUUGUGGAGAGAUCCAGUGAUAGUGUCUAUCCCUGAGCUUCCUAAAACUUCUGAAGAUACGAAGUUAGAGGAAUAUACUCUUUUGAAUUUUUAUAGCAAAUAUUUGCUCUAGUUUUGAAGCCUCGGGCUGCUGGGCGUGUGAGUGACAAGUCUCUACAAGUGGCCUUAUUCCAGCUGCGGAGAUUCCUCAGCCAGACCCUUAUUUUAUAUACAGUCCUCAAGAGACAGGAGACAUGCCCACUCAAUCCCUCCUGGUGUACAUGGACGGACCAGAAGUUAUCGGCAAUUCUCUUGGCUCCCAGAUGGAGAUAGAUGAAGCCAUGACAAUAAAAGGGGCCACCGCUGUUCCUUUCAGGGCCACGCAGGAGAAAAGCAUCAUCCAGAUAGAAGGAUACCUGCCCCUGGACUGCAUGUUUUGCAGUCAGACCUUCACACGUUCAGAAGACCUCAAUAAACACGUCUUACUGCAGCAUCGGCCGAUCCUCUGUGAGCCCGCCGUUCUGCGUGUUGAAGCCGAGUAUCUUAGUCCUCUUGAUAAAGGUCAAGUGAGAACAGAACCUCUGAAGGACAAGAACUGCAAGGAGAACGAAGAACUUAGCUGUGAAGUGUGUGGGCAGACGUUCAGAGUCGCUUUCGACGUCGAGAUCCACAUGAAGAAGCACAAGGACUCUUUCACGUACGGGUGUAACGUGUGCGGGAGGAGGUUCAAGGAGCCCUGGUUUCUGAAGAAUCACAUGCGAACCCACACGGGCAAGUCGGGGGCCAAGAGCAGACUGCAGCCAGGCCUGGAGAGCCCGAUGACGAUCAACGAGGUGGUGCAGGAGCACGCAGCCGGGACCAUCUCAUCUCCUUACAAGAUCUGCAUGGUUUGUGGCUUUCUGUUUCCAAAUAAAGAAAGUCUAAUUGAUCACAGGAAGAUGCACACCAAAGAAACUGCUUCCGGUCCCAGCAACCCACAGACAGACUCUCAGCAGGAGGGAAUGCCAUCUCCGGGGGAAGAGCUGCUGCAGUUUUUAAACUUAAGACCAAAAUCUCACCCCGAGAUCGCGAGGAAGCCGGCCAAAUGGAUACCUCAGCUCGACCCGUUCACCACCUACCAGGCCUGGCAGCUGGCCACCAAAGGGAAGGUCGCCGUGUGCCGGGAAGUGAAGGAACAGCCGGGCCAGGAAGGGAGCACUGACAAUGAUGAGUCGUGUUCAGACAAAGAAGAGCUGGGAGAAAUUUGGACCGCGAGUAAAAGCCAUCCCGAAGGUUCUGGAAAGUCCAAGACAAGUAAAAGCGGUUGUCCGGGCCUCUCACAAGACAAGGAGAAGCCUAGACACCCCAACGAAGUGCCUUCCGGGGACGCGGACCCCAAGUUACCCAGUAACAAAGAGAAGCCGACACAUUGCUCCGAGUGUGGCAAAGCCUUCAGAACCUACCACCAGCUGGUCCUGCACUCCCGGGUGCACAAGAAGGACCGGCGGGCCGAUGCCGAGUCGCCGACCAUGUCCGUGGACGGGAGGCAGCCGAGGACGUGUUCUCCGGACCUGCCGCCCACCCUGGAUGAGAACGGAGCCAUCGACCGGGAAGGUGGCUCAGAAGACGGGUCCGAGGACGGGCUUCCGGAAGGGCUCCCCCUGGAUAAAAAUGAUGAUGGAGGGAAAAUAAAGCAUCUUACAUCCUCAAGAGAAUGUAGUUAUUGUGGAAAGUUUUUCCGUUCAAAUUAUUACCUCAAUAUUCAUCUCAGAACGCAUACAGGUGAAAAACCAUACAAAUGUGAAUUUUGUGACUAUGCUGCAGCCCAGAAGACCUCUCUGCGGUAUCACUUGGAGAGACAUCACAAAGACAAGCAGGUCGAUGUUGCUGCCGAAGUCAAGAACGAUGGGAAGAACCAGGAGACCGAAGAUGCACUUCUAACCGCUGACAGUACGCAAACCAAAAAUUUGAAAAGAUGUUUUGAUGGUGCCAAAGAUGUUAAAGGCAGCCCACCUGCAAAGCAACUGAAGGGGAUGGCUUCUGCCUUUCAGAACGUUCUGGGCAGCGCUGUCCUCUCACCAGUACACAGAGAUACUCAGGAUUUCAGCAAAAAUGCAGCUGAUGACAGUGCUGAUAAAACGAGCAAAAAUCCUGCCCCUGCUUAUUUGGACAUGCUAAAAAAGAGAUCAGCAGCUGAACCUCAGGCCAACAACCUCAUCUGUAGAACAGAAGUGGACGUCACCCCGCACCCAGAUGGCAGUGCGGCCCACGGCGUGGAAGUCGGCCACAAGGAGAAGCGAGCGGAGGCUGCGGCGGACUGCAAGUACAGGCCAGGCGUGGACUGUCAAGAAAAGCCGCUGAACCUAUCCCUCGGGGCUCUCCACGGGUGCCCGGCGGUUCCUCUGGGUAAAAGUGCAACCACAAGUAACACCUGCCCGUUUUGUACCUUCAAGACCUGUUACCCAGAAGUUUUAACGAUGCACCAGAGACUGGUGCAUAAAUACAACCCCAACAUCCAGAAAAGCUAUAGAAACAAGUCUUUACUUCAAAGUAGACGGACCGGAUGCCCGCCAGCUUUACUGGGAAAAGACGUGCCCCCGCUGUCUGACUCCUACAAGCCCAAGCCCAAGCCCGCCCUCCCAGCGCAGCCCAAAGCCCUGCCGUCCGAGAAGGCGAAGCCCCGCCCCGCCGGGCCCGGCAGGGCCGCCCUCACUUCCGGGAUCGACGCCAGCACUUUAGCCCCGAGUAACCUGAAGUCCCACCGGCCGCAGCAGGGAGUCGCGGGGCAGGCGGCCACGGCCACCAGGCAGCAGUCUUCCGAGAUACUCGUUAAAACCAGCAUUUCUCCGGCUCCGGACAAAACCAAGAGGCCCGAGCCCAAACUCAAGCCUCCAGUGGGGGCCCCGGCCCAGCCCCCCGCGGGCAGCAGCGCCGUCAACGGCUGUGCCGACCACCCCCCCAAGAACGACGGCCCCUGGGUGCCCCCGGGCCGAGACUACUUCUGCGGCCAGAGCAGCGGCUGCUCGGCUAGACCUGACCAGUGCCAGGUGGGAAAGCAUGUCCGACGUUGUCAAAUCUUCAGAUUUUCAAAAAGAUAUCAGAAACCCGGGUAUUUAUGUGAAAUCUCCCUUUCUAAAAAAUAUUGGUUCAAAAUUUAAAAGGCACACAUCGGA